UUGGCAGGGGGUGGGAUCUCAUGAUAGUAGGCGCUCGUGCGUGGGCCACUCUCCGACUCACUGACACUCACCGGGAGUGUUGUUGGUGGGAAAAAAUAAAAGUUACUCUGACCUCUUGGACAUACUGCCAACAUGUCUGGGGAUGAAGAGAAACCCGAGCAAACCGUCGCCGAUGAUUUGGUGGUCACCAAGUAUAAAAUGGGAGCCGAGAUUGCCAACCAGGCCCUAAAGAUGGUGGUUGAAGCGGCAAUGGUUGGUGUCUCAGUGAUUAGCCUGUGUGAUAAAGGUGAUGCCUUUAUCAUGACAGAAACUGGGAAAAUCUUCAAGAAGGAGAAAGAGAUGAAGAAAGGUAUUGCAUUUCCAACGUGUGUGUCUGUUAAUAACUGCGUGUGCCAUCACUCCCCCCUGAAGAGCGAUCCUGAUGUCAUACUCAAGGAUGGGGACCUUGUCAAAGUUGAUCUUGGCGUGCAUGUGGAUGGAUUCAUCGCCAACGUGGCUCACAGCUUUGUUGUUGGUGUGACCAAGGAAAAGCCUCUCACAGGCCGCAAGGCUGACGUGAUGAUCGCAGCUCAUUUGUGCGCUGAGGCUGCGCUGCGUCUUGUCAAGCCUGGAAACCAGAACACACAGGUUACGGAGGCGUGGAACAAGAUUGCAAAGUCAUUCAAGUGCUUGCCAAUUGAAGGCCUGCUGUCCCAUCAACUCAAACAGCAUGUGAUCGAUGGAGAGAAAACAAUCAUUCAAAACCCAACGGAUCAGCAAAGGAAAGACCACGAGAAGGCUGAGUUUGAGGUGCACGAAGUGUAUGCUGUGGAUGUGCUCAUUAGCACUGGUGAGGGCAAGGCAAAAGAUGGUGGUUUGAGGACCACUGUUUACAAACGGGACCCCAACAAAGUGUACGGAUUAAAGAUGAAGACCUCUCGGACGUUCUUUAGUGAGAUGGAGAGACGGUUCGAUAAAAUGGCUUUCACUCUGAGAGCGUUUGACGAUGAGGGCAAGGCCAGGCUGGGUGUGGUGGAAUGUGCAAAGCACGAGCUGCUGCAGCCGUUCAAUGUCCUCCAGGAGAAGGAAGGUGAGUUUGUAGCACAGUUCAAGUUCACUGUGCUGCUCAUGUCCAACGGACCACUGCGAAUUACAAACAGCCUCUAUGAACCUGAGCUUUACAAGUCGGAGCACCAGGUAGAGGACAAGGAGUUGAAGGCUUUGAUUCAAAGCUCUGCCAGUCGGAAGGCGCAGAAGAAAAAGAAAAAGAAGGCCUCAAAGACGGCAGAGAAUGCAACAGGGCAGUCGAUGGAGACGGAAGCUGCUGAAUAAAUUUUCCAUUGAGCAGUUUGUGACACACUCUGAAAACCGACGUCAUAUCGGCUUCUGUCCUAGCUGCCGUGGGCACUUGUGGCAAAGCAACACCUCUGAAAUAGACGUCAGUCUGGGAUGAAGCUGCUCUUAAAUUUUUACAUUUUACCUAAAAUACAUAAACAGAUUGACAACUCCAGUGUAAGUCUGAUUGUCCUUGAGGCGGCAUUUGUGUCUAUAACAGUGGACACAACUCAUCCAGAGCAAAUUUUACCAGGAACAUUUAGCGAUUUGACAUACGGCCUUCGUCCCAGUUUGCCAUAUAAAAAAAUAUUGUCAAAUAAAAUGGAUUUGACUGCGAUACCAAGAAUGAAGAAUGCUCAAUAUUGCAUCAGUGUGACAGACCUCCCUUGACUACGAGCCAAGGCAAUGGAAUUCCAACUUCAGUUUGUGUGGUCAUAAUGUCAGAAUCUGCAAUCCUGGAGUAACUACAAUUGCCCAAGUUCAGGUUAUGACACAAACAGUAAGUAUAAUGAUGUACUGCUCCAUCUUUGUGUACACUUCAAGGCAUCCAGCCUCGAGCCAUUGAUUAGCAAUAUUGAUCACAUGAUUUACAGGAGGAUCCAUUUCACAGAUGGGGGACGGACUUUUUUUCUCAAUUGUGCAUGCUCUUUCCUGUGCCUCCAGCAGGUCUGUUUACAUAAGAAGUCCGAUAGGGAUGCUUUUGUAAAAACAAACCACAGUUCAGAGACUAUUUUUGGAAUCAUUAAAAAGCCACCUGACAUAA